AGCGCUCUCGGGCCGGCGCACGGCCGGCGUCUGUGUUGCUUGGUGGCUACCGCGCGUCCGCGCUCGCUCGUGGCUCCGGUGCCGCGCUGUGCGGCCGCGCGCCUAGUCGGCGGCCAUGUGUUCGCUGGCGGCGGGGAACGGCCAAGGCGCCGAGCUGGGGCCGGAGCCCCCGGAGCUGUCGGACAGCGGAGACGACGCCGGCUGGGAAGACGAGGAUGCUGAGCCCGCGCACGGCCGGCAGCACACGCCCUGCCUGUUCUGUGACAGGUUGUUCACGUCUGCUGAGGAAACAUUUUCACACUGUAAGUUGGAGCAUCAAUUUAAUAUUGAUAGUAUGGUCCAUAAACAUGGACUUGAAUUUUAUGGAUACAUUAAACUAAUAAAUUUUAUUAGACUUAAGAAUCCUACGGUUGAGUAUAUGAAUUCCAUAUACAGCCCUGUGCCUUGGGAGAAGGAUGAGUACCUGAAGCCAGUGCUGGAAGAUGACCUUUUGCUUCAGUUUGAUGUAGAAGAUCUUUAUGAGCCGGUGUCGACUCCCUUCUCAUACCCCAAUGGACUCAGUGAAAAUACGUCCAUUGUUGAAAAAUUGAAGCUCAUGGAGGCGCGGGCGCUGUCUGCUGAGGCUGCCUUGGCUCGAGCACGCGAGGAUCUGCAGAAGAUGAAACAAUUUGCUCAGGACUUUGUGAUGAACGUAGAUGUCAGAACCUGCUCCUCCACCACUGCCAUUGCAGACCUGCAGGAGGAUGAGGAUGGUGUCUACUUCAGCUCCUACGGGCAUUAUGGGAUACAUGAAGAAAUGCUGAAGGACAAAGUCCGCACAGAAAGCUACAGAGAUUUCAUAUACCAAAAUCCACAUAUCUUCAAAGAUAAGGUCGUUCUGGACGUUGGCUGUGGAACUGGGAUUCUCUCGAUGUUUGCUGCCAAAGCUGGGGCAAAGAAAGUGAUUGCAGUUGACCAAUCUGAAAUCCUCUAUCAGGCUAUGGAUAUCAUAAGACUAAAUAAACUUGAAGAUACCAUUAUACUCAUUAAAGGAAAGAUUGAAGAAGUGAGUCUCCCUGUAGAAAAGGUGGAUGUUAUUAUAUCAGAGUGGAUGGGCUAUUUUCUUCUUUUCGAGUCGAUGUUGGAUUCUGUCCUUUAUGCAAAGAACAAAUACUUGGCGAAAGAAGGAUCGGUCUACCCUGACAUUUGCACCAUCAGCCUAGUGGCCGUGAGUGACGUGAGCAAGCAUGCUGAUAGAAUUGCCUUCUGGGAUGACGUCUAUGGCUUCAACAUGUCCUGCAUGAAGAAGGCAGUUAUUCCAGAAGCUGUUGUGGAAGUUGUAGAUCAUAAGACUCUUAUUUCAGAUCCUUGUGAUAUAAAGCAUAUAGAUUGCCACACUACAUGUAUCUCAGACUUGGAGUUUUCUUCAGAUUUUACACUGAGAACCACAAAGACAGCCAUGUGCACGGCAGUCGCUGGGUACUUUGAUAUAUAUUUUGAGAAGAAUUGCCACAACAGAGUCUUGUUCUCUACGGGCCCUCAGAGCGCCAAAACACACUGGAAACAGACAGUGUUUCUGCUGGAAAAGCCGUUUCCAGUGAAAGCAGGUGAAGCCUUGAAAGGAAAGAUCACAGUUCACAAGAAUAAGAAGGAUCCUCGCUCCCUCAUUGUGACCCUGACCUUGAACAGCUCAACUCAGACUUACAGUCUCCAGUGACCAUCUUGGUCUCCAGCUGCCCAAAACCUGAAGCACACAUGACUCUCGGUCUUUAACAUGGGAUCGGGCGGUCAGUGGGAGGGGCGGGCUCCACAGGGCUGCAGCUCCUGGCUAGAAAGUGUAGAAUAGAGUAGGGAGCUCAGCAGAGGACCGUGCCCUCCUCCUGCUUCUGCUGUGGGACCCUAGUCGCAGAAGCCUGCAUGGCAGACUAGCUGAAGGGAGCCCUCUCCUGCCAGACUGAGAGUCAUUUAAAUUAUUGGCUUACUUUUGAAACAGUAGUAAUUCUGGAUUUCUUUUAUAUAUUUGUAAGUUUCUUACUAUAUAUUUUUUUUAAUAAUGAGCAGGACAAAGCCCUGUUUUGUUGGAGGUUUCCUUUCCGGAAGAACAGUUUUUAGUUGCAUCCUUUGCUGUAAUAUCAAGGUGUCUUAAGACCAGAGAACCAGUGGACAGGACAGAGCAGUGGCUUCUGCAGGUCCUGUUUGCAGAGGCUGAGCCUGUCCUCUCCAGCCAAUUGCAGCUCAGCUAUCUCUCCUCAGCGUUCUCGAGCCAUAGAUAGCACUGCCGGGGAGUCUGACCUCAGUACUUACCCUAGGUGUAAUGGAGUCCUCUCAAGGCUGAGAUGGAUAGAGAUGCCUCUCAAAUGCUGCCUUUCAGACCAGGUCACACAUGCAUUUGCUAAUGUUAGAAAUCAUGUUAUUUCGGUUGGAAGAAUGAAAAUACUCAAUAAAUUGUCUAACUAUUGGAGAA